GAGCCACAGCUGUCCUUGUAAGCGCCUCACUCUUGUCCACUCUUGUCCACUCAUGUCCAGGCCAUUGUCCACAAUGGGGGGAUGACAGAAUUUUCAGGCGUCCCUUCACAUUAUGAAGCUUGUCAGCGUGAAUUCCAAAUUAUUGGGAGGGGGGGUCUGCCCCCUCCUCCUGGACAAUGCCCCAGGCACUCUGGGGUGUAUAAAAGACCUGAGCUCCUUGCAGAGUUCCAUCCGCAUCCAUCCACUUGACUCCUCUCUUCACCAGGGUAAGUGCAGCUCUCCAAAGCCUCUUGGGGAUCUCUCUCUGCCUCUCAACACAACUCCUUCUGCACACCAUUGCCUCUUCCACUUCUACCUCUUCUUUUUUCCAGAAACCUUUACCUGUCGGAACCAUGUCCUGCUCCAGCCUGUGUUCUCCCUCCUGUCUGGCCUCCACUUGCCCUCUGGCUGACACCUGCAACGAGCCCUGUGUGAGGCAGUGCCCUGACUCCACGGUGGUCAUCCAGCCUCCGGCCUCGGUGGUCACCUUCCCCGGGCCCAUCCUGAGCUCCUUCCCGCAGCACAGCUCCGUGGGCUCUGCAGGAGCUCCCUUCGUUGGAGGCGGCUCCGGUGGCUUCGGUGGACGCCGUGGGGGCUACGGAGGCCAUGGGGGCUAUGGGGGUUAUGGAGGCUAUGGAGGCUAUGGUGGCUAUGGGGGCUCUGGGGCCUGGGGAUGUUAUGGAGGCUCUGGGGGCUAUGGAGGUUAUGGGGGCAGCUGUGGUGGCUACAGAGGCUGUGGAUCUUGCUAAGCCCCAGCCCGAGUGCGACCCCAGCCCCAGCACAGCUCCAUGAUCACCCCUUGCCCAUCCCCGCUCGCCACCGCCUGAAGCAAGGACAUCCCUCGGGCCCUGCCGGCCACCAGGCCUGCGACACCACCGGCCUGCCCGGGGCCCAGCUCUGCCGCCUUCGUGCUCUGCUCGGAUCCCUUCAGGAAUCGCUGCCCGCUCCCAGCACGGACCCAGCUCGGCUCCGGCUCCCGUGGCUCGGCCUGGGUUGCACCGGGCU